GCAGCUGGCAGAGUGGAGUAGCUGUGGGACGGGUGGAGCGGCCCACAGAGCGAGCAGAGCCGAGCAGUUUGCAGGGACGACUGGAGCAGCUCACGGGACAGCUGGUGGAGCAGAGCAGCUGGUGGAGCGGAGCAGUUUGUGAGGACGGUUGGAGGAGCAGAGUGGAGUGAAUGGUAAAGUGGAGCAGUUCGUGGAGAAGGCGGGAGCAGAACCCACGGAGAGGCAGGGCAGUUGGCCCCGGACCACAGGAACACGAUAAAGCAAUUCAGAAACAUCUUAGAAAAAUCCGGAAACUUGAUAUAGAAAUCGAGAAACAUCUUAGUAAAAUCGAGAAACAAGAUGCAGUAAUUAGUGACCUUCAAAGAGAACUUGACUGGAGAAGGAUCAUAGUCUGUCCAGGUCUGGGAAGAACCAUGCCACCCGUAGAAGAAGCCAAUGUGAGUCUGGACCCAGACACGGCUCAUCCUCGGCUCGUCCUGUCGGAGGAUCGGAAACACGUGAAAUGGGAAGACGCACGGCAGGAACUGCCUGACAGUCUUGAGGAAUUUGACCCUGAUCCCUCGGUGCUGGGCUGUGAAGGAUUCACCUCAGGGAGACAUUGCUGGGAGGUGGAGGUGGAGGAAGGAGGAUCCUGGGCUGUGGGGGUGGCCAGGGAGUCUGUGAGCAGAAAGGAAGGGAGCAGCCUUAACCCUGAGGGUGGGAUCUGGGCUGUGCAGCGGUGCUGGUGGGGUCAGUUCCAGGCUCUCACCUCCCCUGCUGUGACCCCUCUGCCCCUGACCUGGGUCCCCAGCAGGAUCCGGGUUUGUCUGGACUGUGAACGGGGGCAGGUGACAUUUUUUGAUGCUGGGAAUGAGGCCCCGAUCUUCACUUUCCCGCCGGCCUCUGUCACUGGGGAGAGAUUUCAACCCUGGCUUUGUGUGGGGGACUCAGAAACCCAGCUCAGAUUGUAUCCCUGAGACAUGGCGGGGGCCGGGGGGGGGACAUACCCAGUGGUGAGCUGGGGCCAGUUCCCACAGCUCCAAGAACCGGUUGCUAAAAUUAGAUCUCCGUGGAGAACCGGUGGUUAAAGGGCCAGGGGGUGGGUGAAGAACUCCGGUCCGCGGGCCGGACCAUCCCAUUGCUCUCGGGAUUCCCAGCUGGGGAGGCUGAGGCUCCCCUGGCCCUUCGCCCACUUCCCCCCAGCUGCAGCGUGGCCAGCCGCCCGCACCAGCUGGGCAGCUCAGCUGAGCUUGGAAGUCGUCCUGCUGCUGCUUUUUGAGCAGCUCUGCAAGGUGUGUGUGUGUGGGGUCCUGCUGCAAGCUCCAGGGCUGGCCAGAGGGGAGGGGGCAAGUGGGGCAAUUGGCCCGGGCCCUGCAGGGGCCCCUGGCCCCACGAGGAUGUCUCCCCCAGGCUCUCCCCUGCUACCCACACCCCAAAGAGCUGCAGCAUGGCCAGCAGCUGGGCAGCUCAGCUGAGCUCUGGGCUGCCGGCAAGGUAAGGGGGCUGCAAGCUCCAGGGCAGUGGGGGGAGGGGGGAAGUGGGGCAAUUUGCCUCAGGCCCCUGGCCCCACGAGGAUGUCUCCCCCCAACCCCCCUGCAGAGCUGCAGCAUGGUCAGCAGCUAGGCAGCUCAGCUGAGCUCCUGAGUUGUCCUGCUGCUUUGAGCUGCUGGCUAGGUAAGCGGGGAGGGGGCUGCAAGCUCUAGGGUUACUGGGGGGGGGCAAGUGGGGCAAUUUGCCCCAGGCCCUGCAGGGCCCCCCCCAUGGGUAUGUCUCCCCCCAUCCCGGCCUCCCCUCUGCUCCUCCCCUUAAAUAAGAACUUUUUAUAGGGAACCGGUUGUUAAGAUUUUGGCAGCUCAUCACUGGACAUAUCCCCUGGGGACCCUGAAAUCAGCCUCUGACACCCUAGUUUCUACGCCCCUGGAGGACUGUCAUCUGCCCAGCUCUCUGCCUUUUAUCUCUGUGACCCUGGAAACUCCUUCCCCUCCCUCCCUUCAGCAGCAGGGGCUUGAAUUUCUAGUUGAAUUUCUGAACAUGCCAGAUCCCACCGCAAUGCCUUCCCAGCCUCAGUGAUCUUCAGUACCAUCUCUGUCGGCAACGUCUGGGUCAUUUCAGUACCAGUCAAAUGUCCAGUGGCAGAACACACUCUCUGAGCAUGAGUCUGAUUAUUUACUAAUUGGGUAACUGCGACAUUAUUGAUAUAAACUGGGACCAUGUAGAACAUGGGUUGCAACCAAGGUCCUGUAGUGGCACCAAAUCCUAGGUAAAGGGGGUCAGAUAAAGUGUCCAAGACCAGGUUAUGGGUUGCUGGUUAGGAUGAUGCUGUCUGUAUGUCUGU